AUGUUCAUGGAAAAUAUUAAAGCUAUACUGAUUUAUAUAUCAGUGAUAAAAGCUCAGCUAUGGCCGCCACCACCGUAUCCAAUAAUGGUUGCAAACCCAUAUAUCAAUACUAUGCGUCAUCACAAUCCUUAUGGUGGUUUUUCUAGCAACUGUAUAACCAUUAGUAGAGUGCCUUGUCGAAAUUCACCUGCAUACAAUUUUAUCGAAAUGGGACAAUUCCCAUACAACCAACAGUUACCUUUUGUUAAUCGAGAAAUUGAUGGAAAUUUCAACAAUCUCGUCGCAACUUUUAUGCCAAAUAAUAUGGCCUCGUUAAUCAAUCCUGGAUUAACUUGGGUUAAUUCGGCAUUACCCUUCAUUAACGCUGGAACGUCAUCACUUCUGAAUUCACGACAGUCAAUCAUUGAUCCGAAAUCGAUUAUUAAUCGAGGAUCAACCAUUAAUCAGGGUACAACAUUAACGGGCGAUGCUUUACAAAAUAUCAUCGAUAUCUAUAGUCGUAAUUCGCUGUUAGGACAAACUGGAUCAAACUUAUUGAGUGGAAUAAAUAAAGAAAAAUUUCAGGUCCAAGGAUGUUCAUUCGAUACGAUUCAAAAUUCAUGCACAAAUGGACUUAAUUUAUGUCGAGGACGAUGCAAGGAUUUUGGUACUGACCUACUUCAUGAUUGCCGUUGUAUUCCCGACGAUCUAAGUUCAAUGCUUGGUCAUAUCAAAAAGUGA